UAGAAACCCCCGUCAGUCUUCGACUUUCCUCUCUCACUACAAAAAGUCAAAAACCAAUAAACCAUCACCUCUCUCUCUCUCUCUCUCUCUCUCUCUCACUUCUUCGUUGCCAGAGACCUGUCGCUUUCUGCCAACGUCCACCGCGUGCUUUUACCCAAAAUACCCCCUCGCCUUUCCCACAAAUUCCACCGAUGUCCUCCCCACCGAUCCUCCCAAUCUCGGUCACAUCACUGUACAAGUCGUCGAUCGCCUCCCCGGCCCUGCGCGAGUUCGCCUCACGCUCCUCCGACUCCCUCCGCCGCGCGUUCGCACGGCGCCGCCCCUGGACGGAGCUCGCCGACCACACCGCCUUCUCCCGGCCCGACAACCUCGCCGUCGCCGCCUCCCGCGUCCGCAAGAACGCCUCCUACUUCCGCGUCAACUACCUCACCGUGGUCGCGGCCGUGCUCGCCUUCUCGCUCCUCUCCCACCCGUUCUCCCUCCUCACGCUCGUCUCCCUCCUCGCCGCCUGGCUCCUCCUCUACGUCUUCCGCCACCAGGAACACCCCGUCGUCGUCUACGGCCGCACCUUCUCCGACGCCGAAACCCUGGGGGUACUGAUCGCGCUGACGGUGAUCGUGUUUUUCCUCACCAGCGUCGGGUCCCUGCUCCUGUGGGCCGCGCUGGUUGGAUCGGCGAUCGUGUGCGUUCACGGCGCGUUUAGGGUUCCAGAGGACCUGUUCCUCGAUGAUCAAGAGCAGAUGGGAUCAGGCCUCUUCUCGUACGUCGGCGGGGCCGCAUCGUCUGCUGCCGUCGCCGCUGCACCUUCCGUUGUAAUCUCGCGUGCUUGAAGUCGUGUUGAUCAGAUCCAAGUUGUCUACGAAGUAUUUUUUACACCGGUGGAGCGUGCAACGCACCGGAUCGGAAAUCUAGGGCCCGGAUUUAAUUGAUUUACGAUUUGUUAAGACAUAUGGCACUUGUUUGUAUCCUACGUGAAAUUGUUUGAGAAUUCAAAUUCUUGAAUUUUAAUUUUUUUUACUGCUAAAUUUUGUUCGA